CCCGGCCCCCGGCCAGGUCUGACACCUCCCCUCCUUGGCAGGCUCCCAGCCUGAAACCGGCACCGAGGCCGAGCCAUCCAGGGGCUGAGGCGCUCCCAGCCCACCCAGACGGGUUCAGCUAUGCGCCGCCCCUGCUCGGGCUGUGCCGCACGCAGGGCUCCUCCCCCUGCCUCCAGAAGGGGUGGCCGGCGCUGGGUUCGCUUUCCCGCCUUCCCUAGGGGCUGAAACCUUCUUCCAUUUCCCAGCCCUUGCCUUCCGACAGAGACCACCCAACCCCCCAUGUUACAGGCUUCCCCCAGGCAGUUCCUCCCUCUCUCCAGGCUGUGCCUCCCUCCAUCCCAUAGUCUACUCUACACAACACCAGUAAUUACAUCACACGGUUUUGUCACCUAGCCCAAGGUCUCUGCUGGUGCCCCCAGCAGUGAGCGGCCAUCAGAAACUAAGCAAGGCAAUCCCCUGUUCUGUCCCCCAGGGUAAGAAGUUGUUCUACGGGCACAGGGUUCUGUCUGAUCAGGUCGCAGAAGGUCCUAUCCCACAGGGCCAAAACAUGUCUUGCAUAGAGAUCCACUCCUCUCUCUCCACUCCUCUCUCUGAAUGUGCCUGACAUCACAACAACCUGUUCUCCAAGAGUUUGCAGGUACCUCCUUGUCUCAACAGUUCAUGUCCAGGUUUCUGUCAGGGCUCCAUUUCCAGAUCUCAGUAUUUUCUGCACACUCAGGCUUCCAUUUUUUGGUUUGAUCUGACUUCACCACUCAGUAUGUUCAACCCACUUGCACUCCUGGGUCUCUAAGUGUGCCAAUCACUUGCAAGGCUCCAAUCUUGUGUCUUGGCUUGUGCUACACACAAGGUUCUAUUCCCAGGUCUUGACCAGGUUGUCAUUUCAGGGUCUCAGCAUAUUAUUCACUUCCAGAUUUCCAGGUCUUGACCCAGCCCACACAUUCCAGUGUUCUAAUUCCAAUACCUGGUCUGUUCUGUGCAUGAGCUGCUCUCAACUCUCAUCACAUGUUGCAUGGUGACAGUGUUGCAUGCCGAGGUCUCUGAAUCCAUCACCUACUUCCAAGUUCUUUUUCUCAGACUUGACCUAACUGACCUGCUCACAGCAUACCAUUCAUAGCUCUUAUUAUGUGCCACUGCCACAGUUCAAAUUAGAGUGAAAAAGUGGGUCUCAGAACAGGUUGCUUUUUUGCAGAGUCCCAUUCCUGGGCCCAUGUGCAUGGUGUGUAUAGGGUUCCAUUGGUAGUUUUGGCAUACUUGCCCUGCUCAUAAGGUUCUAGUCUCAGAUCUCACAUGUGGAGUUCCUUUACUGAGUCUCCAGUGGCCCACCCAUGUUUGGGAUUUAAUUCUUGAGUCUCUGAACAUGCCGUCUAGUCAGAAUUCUAUUCCCAGGUCUCUAUACAUACAUUGCAGUCAUGAGGUUCCAGUAAGGGGUUGCUGUACUUACAAUGUGUAGCUUUUAAUUCCUUUUGUCUAUGUACUACAUGCUGAUCACAAAGUUCUGUUACAUGAUCUCAGCCUGUGCUGUAUAGUUACACAACAUACUGUACCAUUCUCAGACCUUCAAACAUUUUGCUCACUCAGCUGCCAUUAUGGAUUCCUGCUUUUCUUGUGGCUGGGGUUCCAUUCUUAGAGCUCAACAUAAAAGUAAUCAAAUAGUGCUAUUACAAGUUGCUUAGUCUUACAAGUGCUUAGUCUUACAAGUUGCUUUUCUUAGCCUUGGUCUACACUAGGAGUUUAGAUCGAAUUUAGCAGCGUUAAAUCGAUGUAAACCUGCACCCGUCCACACGAUGAAGCCCUUUUUUUCGACUUAAAGGGCUCUUAAAAUCGAUUUCCUUAAUCCACCUCUGACAAGUGGAUUAGCGCUUAAAUUGGCCUUGCUGGGUCAAAUUUGGGGUACUGUAGACGCAAUUAGAUGGUAUUGGCCUCCGGGAGCUAUCCCAGAGUGCUCUAUUAUGACCGCUCUGGACAGCACUCUCAACUUAAAUGCACUGGCCAGGUAGACAGGAAAAGGCCCGCGAACUUUUGAAUUUCAAUUUCCUGUUUGCAUGGUCACCUGCAGCUUGCCACGCCGGCCAGAGCUUAUCAGCAGAGGUGACCAUGAUGGAGUCCCAGAAUCGCAAAAGAGCUCCAGCAUGGACCGAACAGGAGCUGCAUGUGUUUCAAUGAUCACAGGAUCUUCUCCUUCCCAGAGGCUAGUGAAGCUUAGAAGGCGAAAAAAACACACUCGUGAUGAAAUAUUCUCUGAGCUCAUGGUGUCCUCCCACACUGACAGAGCACAGAUGACUGUGUGGAGGCAGACAAUGUCAGAGUGCAGGAAAGCACAAUAUGACCGGGAGAGGAGGUGGCGGGCUGAAGAGAGUAAGUGGCGGGCUGAAGAGAGGGCUGAAGCUCAAGUGUGGUGGCAGCGUGAUGAGAGGAGGCAGGAUUCAAUGCUGAGGCUGCUGGAGGAUCAAACCAAUAUGCUCCAGCGUAUGGUUGAGCUGCAGGAAAGGCAGCAGGAGCACAGACCGCCGCUACAGCCCCUGUGUAACCAACCGCCCUCCUCCCCAAGUUCCAUAGCCUCCUCACCCAGACGCCCAAGAACGCGGUGGGGGGGCCUCCGGCCACUCCACCCCAGAGGAUUGCCCAAGCAACAGAAGACUGGCAUUCAAUAAGUUUUAAAGUUUUAAACUUUUAAAGUGCUAUGUGGCCUUGUUCUUCCCUCCUCCACCACCCCUCCUGGUGGCCUUGUUCUUCCCUCCUCCACCACCCCUCCCGGGGCUACCUUGGUAGUUAUCCCCCUAUUUGUGUGA